CGGUUCGCUUCUUUUUGUUUACAUUGGCAACGUUUAAAACGGAAAUUGCUUUUUCAGUUCCGGUCAUGCGCAUUGUUUCCGUUCAAACUUGGGUUUCAUGUGUUGGCAAUCCUUGCGUAGACAAGAUAUAUAUUACUAAUUAUGGAAGAUCAAGUUACAAAGAAAAAAAAGAAGUUGAAUAAGAAGAGGAAGCAACAGAUUAAAACAAAUGAUUUUGAGGAUGAAGUUCAAAAGAAAAAGAAAAAACUUGAAAAUGGAGUUGUUAAUAAGAUGGAGCCUUGUGUUGAAAUAAAUUCCAAAGCAAUGAAAAGGAAGAAGAAACUGAAAAAGAAGGAAAAACAAGCUUUAAAUGAAGAACCGAGUAAGAUUUCCAAUUCAAAAGAAGCAGAACCUAUAUCUGAAAUUGAGACUGAAGCUGAUACUGUCGAAAAUUCUCCAAAUGCAUCAGAUUCUGGGAAACAGCUUUACUCCAAAGGGAGUUUAAAGGACAUUGAAGAUCUUGAUACUGAAGAAGAACCUGAAGACCAACAUGACAGUUUUUUACCCGGCAGUCAGAUGGCAUCGGAGAUUCUUUCUGAUAACUCUUUUGAUGUAUUAUCCAAAUAUGUUUCUUCACCAACAAUGGAUGCUAUUAAAAAAAUGGGUUUUACACACAUGACAGAAAUUCAGGCUAAAAGUAUUCCUUACUUACUUGAAGGAAGAGAUUUGAUGGGAGCUGCUAAAACUGGAAGUGGCAAAACAUUAGCUUUUCUGAUUCCUGUUGUUGAACUCUUGUACAAACUGAAAUUCAUGCCAAGGAAUGGUACCGGUGCCAUUAUUAUAUCUCCCACUCGAGAAUUAGCCAUGCAGAUCUAUGGAGUGUUAAAAGAGUUGUUAGAAUAUCAUCAUUUUACCUUUGGAUUAAUAAUGGGUGGCACCAAGAAAGAUGAUGAGGCUAAAAGAUUGGUGAAAGGAAUCAAUUUUGUUGUUGCUACUCCAGGUCGCUUACUUGAUCAUCUUCAGAGCACAUCUAAUUUUAUGUAUAAGAAUCUCCAAUGUUUAAUUAUUGAUGAAGCUGACCGUAUACUGGACAUUGGUUUUGCUGAAGAAAUGAAGAAAAUCAUUAAAGUGUUGCCAAAAAAGAGACAGACAAUGUUGUUUUCAGCCACUCAGACAAACAAAACAGAAGAUUUGGCUCGGAUUUCCCUCAAAAAGGAACCUAUCUAUGUUGGUGUUCAUGACACUAGUGUUCAGGCUACAGUCGAAGGACUAGAGCAAGGCUAUGUUGUAUGUCCAACUGAUAAACGAUUUCUUAUGCUCUUCACAUUUCUCAAGAAAAAUCGCAAGAAGAAAUUAAUGGUGUUUUUCAGUUCGUGUAUGUCUGUAAAAUUCCACCAUGAUCUGUUUAAUUACAUUGAUCUCCCUGUAAUGUCAAUACAUGGGAAACAAAAACAAAACAAAAGAACUCAGACUUUUUUCCAGUUUGUCAAUUCAAAGGAAGCUAUUUUGCUGUGCACCGAUGUUGCAGCUCGAGGUUUGGACAUUCCAGAAGUGGAUUGGAUUGUACAGUAUGAUCCUCCGGAUGAUCCGAAAGAAUACAUCCAUCGUGUAGGCCGGACUGCCCGUGGAGAAGGCUCUACUGGAAAAGCCUUGCUAAUUUUACAACCUAACGAGUUGGGGUUUCUAAGAUACCUUAAAGCUGCCAGAGUGACUUUGAAUGAGUAUGAAUUUACUUGGAGCAGUAUUUCUGACAUCCAACCACAGUUAGAGAAAUUAAUCCAAAAGAACUAUCAUUUGAAUAAGGCAGCACGAGAAGGAUAUAAAUCCUACAUCCGAGCCUAUGCUUCAAGUAGCAUGAAGGACAUAUUUGAUGUCAAUACCUUGGAUGUUAAGGCUGUAGCAACAAUGUUUGGUAUGGCUAAUCCUAUUUAUGUUGACCUUGAUUUUCAAAAGAAGAAAUCGAAGGACCAAAGAGCUUUGCCCAGAGGUAAAGCUGACAGAUCUUUUGCAAAGCGCAAAUUUGACCGAAGAGUAUUUAAAACAAUUGGCAAAUAGUGUCAUGUUUAAUAACCUGCAUCAUGUAUAUUCAUACACAUAUAUUUAAUAAAUGGAUUUUAAAAAAAA